AUGGAGGAAAAGUUUCAAGAUAGAUUGUACUGUUACAUAUCCCUGAGGUCUGGAGCAGUGUCAGAGGAGGACAUGUUGAAGUACAGAGAGAUUGCCAGAGUCGGGUUGUGGGACGAAGCCCUAGAGAAAGUACAGUAUUCACGAGGGGAUCGACACCACAGCAGAAGGCAGCGAAUCCUGGCUCGAAUGGCAGAGUGGAUGCCCCUCCUGAGAAAACAGCCCGAAGAAGCGAGGGUGACUAGACUCGAGAUUCUAGUAUAUGCAGAACUGGCGCUCGACGACGCAUACUAG